CCAGAGUACUAAGAACCGAGCAGAGGUCAUAUGUAUCGAGUUCAAGAAAAAAAAGGUGUCAUGAUCAGUGAAUAUUUUACUUUAAAAGAAAAAGCCAAAGUAACAUAGACUUACAGAGAUGCUUUGAUUAUUUUUUUGGAGUUUCCUCUUGACCGAGCACUUCCUUCAUACUGAGGGGAAAAAAGUCUAGUCAGAUGAUAAUGUCAAAUUUUCUUUAUCAGUAAGAAUUGUUUGAUUUGUCAUGUGAUUGCAAAAUACAAAUCUUCUUUGUUCAAUACUUCUGCGGACUUGUAUAUAAUUCGCUAAAAACUAUGGCUAGUUUCCGUUGGAGAACAUCAACUGCUGAAAGAGUAAAGCGUUGUAAUUGUGUGCUUUUAUGUCUAGUACUCUACUGCACUACAGAAAUUCAAGCUGCAUUUACAGAUUGCGGAGGACAACUCACUGAGCAAGCAGGAGUCAUUCUCUCCCCUAACUUUCCAGACAGUUACCCAAACGACGCAAAUUGUAACUGGAAUAUAACAGUAGCUCCUGGUCAAAUUAUAGACUUCAGAUUCAAGAGGUUGGACAUGGACAGAUACAGCGACCAAAAUUGCUUAGACUUCGUCAUGAUCUUCGACGGACCCAGUACCCAAUCAAUAAGGCUUGGGGAUUAUUACUACUGUGGCUUUAGUGAUGAGUCCAAGAUUCUGAACCUGAUACUGAGAGCCACCAGCAACCACAUGUAUAUAAGGUUUUAUUCUGAUAGCCGGAAUUCUAGAGCUGGAUUUAGCGCUUCCUACUGGGCACACGAGUGUCCUCCAUUCACAUAUGGUAAGGAGAUCUGUGACACUUCCUGUAUCUGUAACCAAACCAAUACCCAAUACUGUGUCAACUAUAACGGUACAUGUGCCUGUAAAUCUGGCUGGACAUCAGCUGACUGUUCUUUGGACAUUGAUGAGUGCCAGGUCUCAAACAGCUGUGAAGACCCAUACUCUGCUUGCGUCAACCAGCCUGGGGGUUUUGUAUGUCAGUGUAAACCUGGAAUGAUCAAAAACAGUUUUGGGCAAUGUCAAGAUUCCAAUCAGUGCACCCAAAAGAAAUGCUCUCAUGCGUGUAGUGUGACGUCAGAGAAUCCACGUACAGAAAUGUGUUUCUGCCCUAAAGGGAUGAAGUUAGACCCGGCUGAUAAUCUCACCUGUAAAGAAUGUGACAACUGGAUGUAUGGAGACGACUGCAUUCUUAAAUCUGAAUGCUACCCACCAAACACAAAGUCCUACAACAAAAUGAAUGGACUGUGUACAUGCUACUUAAACUGGACAUCCUCUACAUGUAAACAGGAUGUUGACGAGUGUGCCUUAGAGAAAAAACCAUGCAGUUUGACAGAAGACCACGCAAUAUGUUAUAAUUACCAAGGAUCAUAUAAAUGUCAUUGUUUGACGGGCUAUCAAUUUGUAAAUGAAACUAGCUGCGAUGAAUGUGGGAAAGUUUUGAUGGCUGCAUCGGGUACAAUUGUUUCAAAAUAUCAUUCCCCACAACGUUAUUCUGCUAUGAAAAUUGCGGAAUGCAAUUGGACCAUUCAAGCCCCUGUAGGAAAAGUAGUCUCAUUAAGUUUUCAGAGUUUUCAGAUGUGGUAUACAAUUGACUCAUACUUUGAGAACCAUCCAGCCUAUAUAGAGAUCUAUGAUGGUCCUUAUAAUAACAGCAAAUUGUUGGCUAUAUUCAAUGGCGGACCUUAUAGCUCCACACCACCUGGUAUCAUACGUACAUCUGGCAACGAAAUGUUUAUUAUACUUUAUGCUGCGUUCUUUAAUGGCAACUAUGGAUACUCUUCUGAGGGAUUUAUUGCAUCAUUUUGGUCACAUGAAUGUCAAUCCUUUACUUAUGGAGCUAACUGCACACAGUCCUGUACUUGUAUACAAAGUAAGACUCAGUACUGUAACAGUACCACUGGUCAGUGUGUCUGUAAACCUGGCUGGACAUCCACUGAUUGCUCUGUGGACAUUGAUGAAUGUUUUGAGAAUCCUCUAUCAUGUCCUGACUAUUCAACCUGUACAAACACCGCUGGAAGUUUUCAAUGCACUUGUAAAGAAGGUUUAACAUUGGAUGACCGGAAGUGUGUUGUCAGUAAUGGUUCCAAUGUCUGUACAACUAAGAAAUGUUCACAUGUUUGUGUUGUGCUACAACAAAAUGGUGUAGAUUAUGAACAAUGUUACUGUCCUAUUGGCACGGAGCUUGAUGGAAAUCAAUGUGUUGCAUGUAAAAACAACAGAUAUGGACCAGAUUGUUCUAAAUAUUGUGGAUGUGUUCAAAAUCAUACAUUGUCAUGUAACACAAGAACUGGUGACUGUACAUGUUUACCACAAUGGAAAGGAAUGAAUUGUUCAACAGACUUUGAUGUGUGUUCAGAUCGAUACUCUAAUAAAGAAUGCCAGAAAAAUGCCAAUUGUACAUAUAUUGCUGGUCUCAUAGGCUACAGGUGUCGAUGUAGUCAACAAGAUGGAUAUAUGGAAUCAACAAAUGGUUCAUGUGUACCAAUAAAUUGCACAUCUAUAACUACUAAUAGUACAGGGAUUAUCCAAAGUCCUUUCUAUCCAAGUGCCUAUAUGAACAAUGCAUUUUGUACAUGGAGUAUCAAUGGCAAUGAAGAUAAUGUAAUCUCUCUAAGGCUGGAACAAAAUUUCUACAUAGAACCAACUUACAACUGCCCAAAUGAUUACUUGGAAAUAUAUGAUGGAGAGAAUAAUGAGACUAGACUAAUUGGUCAUUACUGUGGGUGGAGUAUACCAAGCGUGAUUAGGACCAGGGGAAACAAGAUGUACAUAAUCUUUAAGACAAACUGGGUUUAUUCAUACACUGGAUUUAAUGGCUCAUACACAUCUCAUGCUUGUCGGACCUUCACAUAUGGAACUGACUCCUGUAACAACUUGUGUCGCUGUGUCAAGGAGAACACAGAAUUUUGUGACAAUGUCAAUGGAGAGUGUAUCUGUAAACCAGGUUGGACUUUGGGAGAUUGUUCUCAAGAUGUCAAUGAGUGUCUAGGUACCAACAAUAAAGUCUGUCCUACUAACUCUGAUUGUAUCAACACAAGAGGAAGCUAUAGAUGUGAAUGUCGUCUUGGAUAUGUACUGAAUACUACAUCAGGAAAAUGUGAAGAAAGCAAAGAAUGUCUAUACAAGAAAUGCUCUGAUGGUUGUUAUGUAGCCAGUCUCGGAGUUGAGAAAUGUACUUGUCCAGAAGGUUUAGUUCUGGAUACUUUAGCUGAGACAGUUUGUGUUGUGCCAUAUUAUCCCUAUGGAAAAAAUGCCUCUGAUCUUCUUCUCAGAGAUAGUUUCACAUCCUACUAUUCGGUUCAUGUUAGUAGUGCUAUUUACUUUACCUUUGGUGCGCCUUAUGGAAAGGACCUUCACCCGGCAGCAUUUGUGUUAUCUAAUGGUGUUAUUGGCUUUGGCUCAACAUUUCUAUCAUUUGGUGGUUUCCAUGACUUAAUCUACAUCAGCAAUAAAAGACUGAAUAUACUGGCACCCUUUAUGGCAAAUUUAAAUCCUUUUCAAGGCCAUGUUUACUAUCACCUCUAUGAGACAUGUGCUGGUAAGUUUUCUAAGAAAGCUCAGACUUCUCCUUUCAUGAGCGCUAUAGUAGCAAGAGCUGAGAAAAACAUCCAGGAAUAUAAUCAUGUCUCUAGUUUUAAAGUCAGUACAGUUCUGGUUGUAACAUGGGCAGGAAUGCAACCAUUUGUGUUUCUUAAUAAGACUUCAGAGUUAAAUACUUUUCAAGCCCUAUAUAUAACUGGAUGGGAAACUGAAAAUGGACAAGUGGCAGAGACAGCUUAUGUAAUUUUCUUAUACCAAUAUGGUUUAAUGAACUGGCCCUAUUUACCUGGUCGGCCAAUAUUUAUUGGAACUACAGGAGACUUUGAAAAUAUACUUCAGGACUUGAGCACAGCCCUAGUCAGUGUUCUUGACAGUGUACCAGGAAAUACUGGUUAUAAAGGUGUGAUGAGUUUUAAAGUAGGUCAUGUGACUGGACCACAACAAAGCUGUAAAAAAUACUUAUGUGACCAUGCUGAUCUUUUGACUGACCCUGUAUAUCAGUAUGAGAAGCAACAACUCUACAAAUGUCCAUGUACAUUAGAAAGACUCGGGGCUCAGUGGCAACUGUUUGAAAGACGUGGACCUAAACAAGACAUUUAUUGUUAUGCCAUCAGUAUGGUAGCCAAGCAGAGACUACUGAAAGAUAAUAAAAGAAACAUGCUGUGUUGCUACAGAUGGACCAAGCCAGCUAAUGAUGAUUGGAGAGAUUGGCUUCAGUCAUGGAGAGAAGCAACAUACCUUCCUAAGUCUCCUCUGUCUGGACAUGUACUCAUCAACAACCCUUGGUACCUUGGUUUCUUUGACAACUACCAAGCUUUAGAAAACAUCAGAGCACAUACACUCUGCUGUAGAGAUUCCCAUAAUGCAGGCUUGUGUCGUAAAUUUUAUCAGAUAUUUCCUGACAUGGGAUGUUCUAAUUUUGUUGAAUUUGUACCAGCUUCUGCAUUGGGUGACCCCCACAUCAAAACAUCGGAUGGUGUUACAUAUACAAUGAAUGGAUUGGGAGAAUACAUUCUGAUGGAAGCUCCAAGCAAAACUUUUACACUACAGGCAAGAACAGGAAGAGCAGAAACACUCAAUGGAACACUGUCUAAAGCAACAGUAUUUAUUGCUUUUGCUGCCAAAGAAUCAAAUGAAUCAAGUUUUCAAGUGGAGUUAUCCCCUUCUAAGACAUCAUUGAUCCUAUUGGCCAACAACAUUGAUGUGACAAAUGACUUCUACAAAGAAAGUGGACCAGAUAUAAUUAUGUCAAUGACCUCAAUAAGUGUCACCAGAGAAUAUAGGAAUAACAAAACCCUGGCUAUAGUCAACUUCCCUUGUGGAGUGUCAAUCACAGUCCAUGUUGCGGUCAAAAGUCUGUUGAUAGAAGUCAAUUUGCCUAAAAACUUUGGAAAUAAAACUAGAGGGCUUCUUGGAAACUUUAAUGGCAAUAAAAAUGAUGAAUUUAUUCUUCCUGAUGGACAACUAUUGCCUGCCAAUUUAAGUGAAAGACAAAUAUAUCAAGAGUUUGCCAAAAAAUGGGUUGUAACCCAAAGCAAUUCAGUUUUCCUGUAUAGACCAGGAGAGAACACAAGUACUUACCAACAUUCAGAUUUUGAACCAAUGUAUAAAGAUGAAGCAAGUGCAGCUCAGUUAGCUGAGGCUAAGACACUGUGUGGGGAUACAAAUGAUGCUUGUAUAUUUGAUUAUCUGGCUACUGGAGACAGAGCCUUUACUUUCAACACUAAAGAAUUCAGUGAAGAAAUGGAGAUAGUUAUUCAAAAUCUUGGCAAUAAUCCUCCUACCAUAAAUGUAAGUGAAAGCAGCCUAGAUAUCGAUGGACGCUGGCUAGUGUUGGAAGGCAAGCUCUCUGUUUUAAAAUUGACAACUGCUGAUGAAGAUGAUGAUUCCAUUACAUUUGAGAUUGCUGACAGUGUCACAGGUGUUACUGUCAACCAAAGUGGUCACAUCCUUUACCUGCCUGACAUUACAAAGCCACUAGCACUCAGGUUGAGAGCUAAAGAUUCUAAAGGAAGCUACUCAGCUUUUCUAUACAUACCUAUAACAAUAUGCCCUUCAUGCAGUGGAAAUGGUGUUUGUAAUAAUCAAAGUGCUAUCCUAGAAGAGUAUGAAAAUGGCUUGUUUCAAAUUCAAACAUGCAACUGCUUUCCAGCAUUUACAGGUAAAAAUUGUGAGUCAGAGUUAAAUGGAUGUGAGUUGGAUCCAUGUUUCAAAGGACAAACAUGUACAGACCUUACAGUCCAAGAACAAGGAAACAGUUCUGUGGGAUAUAAAUGUGGCCCUUGUCCUAAUGGCUAUAUAGAUUGGAUGCAAACAUGUGUUGAUAUUGAUGAAUGUAAUGGCACAAACCCUUGUGAACAGAGUUGCACAAACACAGAAGGAUCUUAUAUAUGCAGUUGUCCUGAUGGAUACAGACUUGAUAUGUCUAAUAAAAAGUCAUGCAAUGAUAUUAAUGAAUGUGAGGAAAGAACAUCAAAAUGUGAACAAAAAUGUACCAACACCAAUGGUAACUACACAUGUUCAUGUUACCCAGGAUACACUGUAGACAGCAAUGGAUUGACUUGUAAUUUAGAUUCCAGUAAACAAACUUUAUGUUACCAGUGUCAGCAGGUUUGUCAUGUGUCAGGAAGUAAUCAGGUCAACUGUAGCUGUAGGAUUGGUUAUGAAGUGGAUCCCAAAGAUACUAGUAACUGCAGAGAUAUUGAUGAAUGUCAGUAUGGCAUCAAACCGUGUAGUCACAUCUGUGAUAAUACAAUGGGGGCCUACAAAUGCUCCUGUUACACUGGAUUCAAAUUGUCAAAGGAUCAAAUAUCUUGUGAUGCCUGCACCAGUCCUUACUAUGGAGAAAACUGUGCUAAUAUAUGUCAGUGUAACAAUCGUGGAUCAUGUGACUCAGUCAGAGGUUGUGUCUGUAACAAACAGUGGACAGGAGUCAACUGUGAGGUUGAUGUCAAUGAGUGUGAUCAACCAAACACAUGUCCCUCUGGAUACAUUUGUGAGAAUACCAUUGGAUCCUUCAAAUGUUUGUGUCCUAGUGGAUACAGGCUGGAGAAUGGACAAUGUACAGAUAUCAAUGAAUGUGUUGAAGUCAAAAAUAUAACUUGUGACUUGAAUCUUGAAGUUUGUGUGAACACUAUUGGAAGUUACAGUUGUCAGUGUAAACCUGGGUAUGCCAGAAAUAAAGAAAUCAUUUGCCAAGAUAUCAAUGAGUGCACCAGCAAUACUAAUGCAUGUGAACAGAUGUGUGAGAAUAAACUUGGGACAUACAACUGUCAGUGCUAUCCUGGUUUUGUACUGGCUGAUGACAGGAAACAUUGUAUUAAAGUUAAAGAAGAGUGUAGCAUCAAGAACCUGAGCUGCUCUUAUGCAUGUAUGACUGAUGCCAACAACAUACCAGUUUGUUACUGUCCACAAGGUUAUAUAGUGAAUGGACUUGGACAGUGUGAAGAUAUCAAUGAGUGUACAUCUGAUCUGUUAAAUCUGUGCUCUUAUAAAGAUGGUUGUCUUAAUACAAAUGGAAGUUAUUCCUGUGCUUGUCAGUCAGGCUCAAAGUUAGAUAAUGAUGGAAGAACUUGUCUUGAAUGUGAAGGUCAAACCUGGGGUAAAGACUGUUUAAACAACUGUUCAUGUGGAACAGGAGCAGCUCAUUGUGACUCUAAAACUGGCUGUAUCUGCAAAACUGGAUAUACAGGUACACAUUGUGAUCAAGACAUUGAUGAAUGUAAGACUGGCACAUUUGCAUGUGGAAUCAAAGAAAAAUGUGUCAACAUACCUGGCUCAGCUAUCUGUGAAUGCAUGGAGGGUUAUUCUAAAAUUAAUGGCCAUUGUCAAGAUAUUAAUGAGUGCAGCAGUACCAACUUAAAUAACUGUUCACAAGUUUGUACAAACUUAGAAGGUAGUUUCACCUGCUCAUGUUAUACAGGUUAUAUCUUUAAUACAUCAACUCACACCUGCUCAGACAUAGAUGAGUGUAAACUGGGCACAUCCCAGUGUGAAGGUCUUUGUAUAAACACUGAUGGCAGUUAUAGAUGUUCAUGUUCUGAUGGUCUUUUCUUACAACCUGAUGGAGUGAAAUGUGCUGCAUCUGUUCCAUGUGUAAAUAAAACUGACUGCAGCUAUCAAUGUGCUAAUAUAAAUGGUACAGAGGUCUGUUUUUGUCCCAAGGGAUCUCAGUUAGCUUCAAAUGGAAGAAACUGCAUUGACAUUGACUUGUGUGCCACAAGUGCCUGUAAAACUGGUUGUUUUGAGACCAAACAAAAUACAAGUUAUGAAUGUGUUUGCCCAGCUGGUCAAUCACUUAAUUCUGAUGGAUUCACUUGUAGCGAUUGUGUUGAAGGUAGAUGGGGUGUCGCUUGUAACCAAAGCUGUAAGUGUCUAACUAUCAACACCAAACAUUGUGAUCAAGUCUCUGGAAAAUGUCAGUGCAACUCUGAAUGGACUGGUCUAAUCUGUGAUGAAGAUGUUGAUGAAUGCUUAAACUCAGCCAUAUGUCCAGCACAGACUCACUGUAAGAACUAUAUUGGAGGAUAUACAUGUGUCUGUGAUGAUGGCUAUAUAGCAAAAAACUCUUCUUCACUAUGUCAAGAGUGUGAUGAAGGUUACUUUGGUCCUUCCUGCACUAAAAAGUGUAACUGUGGAACAAAUUUCAAUUGUAACAAAACUACAGGAUCAUGUUACUGUAUGAAAGGUUGGAAGGGAAUUAACUGUGAUAUUGACAUCAAUGAAUGUGAAAUUGGAACACACAGUUGCAAUAUCAGUUCACAUGAGGCAUGCCUCAAUACAGAGGGAGGCUAUCAGUGUCAGUGUGGUACAGGCUAUAACAGGACUUGUAGCUCUUGCAGCUGUGAAGAUAUCAAUGAAUGCAAUGGAGCACAAAGUAGUGUAUGUGACCAGCUCUGUGAGAACACUAAUGGAAGUUUUAAAUGCUCAUGUAGAUCUGGCUAUAUUGUCAACCCUACAGAUUCAAUGAAAUGUCAAGAUCUAGAUGAAUGUAGCUCUAACCAAACCAAGUGUGACCAGAUCUGCGAAAACACGGUUGGAAGUUACAAGUGUUCUUGUAGACCUGGAUAUAUUGUCAGCAACAUAGAUAGCUUUAAAUGUCAAGAAAUUCUGGACUACAAUACAAGUGUGACAUUUGACAUUGAUGUGGCUAAAAGAAAUUUAGAAGACAGAAAUAGUGAAGACCAUAAGAAACUAAGUGGAGAUAUAGAGAUGCAGAUGACCACAAAAUUUGCAGGAAAGAAAUUCCUUUUUUACAAAGUCAUAGUGAGAGCUCUAAGGAGAGGUAGCCUAAUAGCAGACCUAACUAUCCAAGCCACAGAUAAAAAUACAGACUCAUCUUUAAGAUCAGCUUUACAAGAUUUGAUUUCUGAUACAUUUACUCUGGAUAACACAAGCACUUUACUUGUUGCAGCAUCUCUAAAUGGAAAUACAAUUGAGACUGGAACUUGUAAAGCCAGAGAAAUAUUGAAUCCUUGUCAAGACACAGAAGAAUGUAUUCAAGAAAAUGAUGUCACUGUCUGCAAGAAGAAAGAAAAUGAUGGAACUAAAUUAAUUCUGGGCCUGGCAAUAGGACUCCCAUUGUUUGCACUUCUGUGUGUUAUAAUUGUUGUAGCAUUAUGUUGCUAUGCUAAAAAGAAGAAUCAAAAAAUAAAGAACAGCUCAGAAAGAGAGCAUGUUCAUACAAAACAAAAUAAACAACAUGGACUGACAAAUCCAUAUGUGCUAAACACAAAUUUCCAAAGCAAAGAAGAAAGAUAUGCUCUUCCUGAACAAUCAAGUUAUAAAAACAGUUACAAUCCUUCAACAAACAGUAUUGAAUACUCAAAAUAUCAUGAACCUAAAGAAUACUAGAGCAAGGAGGAUUUAGGAAAGACAGUCUGAAAUACAUCAUUGUUUAUAUUAUUUCAAUAAUGUAUGUUAUAAUAACUUAUUUAUCAAUUUUAGCAAAUCUUGAUAUUUUCUGUUUAAAAUUGUAUGCAUAGUAUAUAGAAUGUUUUCUUUGUUGAAAAAAACUUACUAUUGCUAAAAUUUGUAACUGAGCAAUAUGAGAAAGAUAGGGUGAUGAGAAUUAUGUUUUAUUGUCGAAAUGCAACUUAAUUUUUUGUAAGUAAUUUUUUGUAAGUUUCUGUUCUAUUCUGUAAGAAAAUCAAAUUCAUUGCACAUGUUGACAUUACAUGUUGAUGUAGGUAGAACUCACAAUUCAUUUAUUCCUAACUAAUAAUGCUGACUCUUGACAACAAAACUUGGGGUCUAACAAAUAAAAAGUUAUAUUUAAAGUGUUUUUUUUUUAAUCAAUUCCUACUUUAUGAAAUAUUAACAAUGUUUCGAAUGUUCCUUCAGUUUGAAAACAAUUUUCUUCCUAGUCCAGGACAAGGGAGGGGGGUAGAGUGUUAACCUGGGAACAUUGGGAAGUCCUAAUGUCAGCCCAGUGCGCGUACCCUCAACCAGGUCUAUCGUUUCUCUUUUUUUUUUAUUUCUUGUAAUGCUUCAAAAUUGUAACAAGUCAUUCUUGUGAGCUUCACACAAUCAUCAAUCUAGAAGUAAUUAGUAUUUAACAUUUUUAUAUUUCAAAUAUUUCUUUAUCUUAAACUUACUGUGACGGUAGUGAAAUGUUCAUGUACUUUUAUUUUUUAUUCAACUCUAUAACUGAAUAAGAAGAAACAUUUGAAUCUAGUCCAGUAAAUGUUUGUUGUGGAAUAUUUUUUUACAUUUUUGGAUGUUCCUUCAGAUUCUGAAGAUAAUUACAUCCUAGCCCAAAAUUCCCAAAGGACAAUGGGAAUGGCCGCUGACAAAUUUCAGAUCCAUUGACUUUCGACCAAAUAAAAGUCCAGAGUGCAUACUGCACAACCAGACAGUCAUUUGCAUUGAAGCUCUAUGUAAAGUCUGCCAAAAUUAAUUUUAAGAUAAUUAUAUAUUGAAAAAUCAUAACAGUAAAACCAUAGUUUUCACUGUGACCAUUUAGUUAUUAUUUUUUAACAAAAAUAUACACACAUUGUCUUGUUUACAAAAUACCUUUCCACUUUUUUAUUCCAUAUGUUUCCUUUUUUUUUAUAUUCAUUCACUCAUGAAGAGAAAUUCUAGUUAAUAGUUGGGAUUUAAAAAAAAAAUAUAUUUACAAUUAAAGAAAAACAUAUGUUAGACUAAAGAAAAAUAACAGACUAAUGAAAAACAACUUUUAGAUUAUAAGAAAAACAACUUUUAGACCAAGUUUACAGAUAACUUUUUGUUCCAUGUGAGUGUUGUGAACAUGUUUCCCAAGUUGUGAUCCUCUUUUUUGGUUUUGUUAUUUAUUGUAAAGGUUAUGAAAUAAAAAUGAUAAUUUGUUCUAUUUGAAAUAAUUGUACUGUAUCAUUGACUAAAUUAAUUGUAAAUAAAAAAUUAAAAUCUAUUUUAUUAUAUUCA